CAACUAUCCUAAAAUUUAAGACAAAAAACUACGCAAAUUCCAUGCAUCGGUGUUUUCUUAUUUAAUAAAAUCAGUUCAUCUUCCAUAUUCUAAUCGAAUAAACUCGAAGUAUUGUUAAAAAAUUCAUAACUUUAUAUUACGAAAUGUCAGCAUUUUCAAUUUUAAUAUUAUUGACUGUGUGCAGUGUUUGUUAUGCUAACCCCGAUGCUAAGAGGCUGUAUGACGAUUUGUUAAGUAAUUACAAUAGACUUAUCAGACCAGUCGAUAAAAAUAACAAUACAGUGCUGGUAAAACUUGGUCUCCGGCUUUCUCAGCUCAUUGACCUGAAUUUGAAAGAUCAAAUUCUGACAACCAACGUCUGGCUGGAACAUGAAUGGGAAGACCACAAAUUUAAAUGGGACCCUCUGGAGUACGGUGGGGUUAAGGAACUUUAUGUUCCUUCAGAGCACAUUUGGCUUCCAGAUAUCGUUUUAUAUAACAAUGCUGACGGAGAGUAUGUCGUUACAACAAUGACGAAAGCGGUUCUUCAUCACACUGGUAAAGUACUUUGGACACCACCAGCCAUCUUCAAAUCGUCCUGCGAAAUAGAUGUCCGUUAUUUUCCAUUCGAUCAACAAACUUGUUUUCUUAAAUUCGGUUCUUGGAGUUAUGAUGGAGAUCAGAUUGAUUUGAAACACAUUAACCAAAAAAAGGGUGAUAUGGUGGAGGUGGGCAUUGACCUCAGAGAAUACUAUCCUUCCGUGGAAUGGGACAUCCUUGGAGUACCAGCUGAAAGGCACGAACGUUAUUAUCCAUGCUGCCAAGAACCUUACCCUGAUAUUUUCUUCAAUAUAACUCUAAGAAGGAAAACGUUAUUCUACACCGUCAAUCUUAUAGUACCAUGUGUUGGAAUAUCUUAUCUGUCCGUCCUUGUUUUUUAUUUGCCAGCUGAUUCUGGAGAAAAAAUUGCUUUAAGUAUAUCAAUACUUCUCUCUCAAACUAUGUUCUUCCUUUUAAUAUCUGAGAUUAUUCCAUCAACAUCCCUCGCCCUGCCUCUACUUGGGAAGUAUCUUUUAUUCACUAUGUUGUUGGUGGGGCUCUCUGUAGUUAUAACCAUUAUAAUAUUAAACGUUCAUUACCGAAAACCUAGCACCCAUAAGAUGCAACCUUGGGUAAGAAAGUUUUUUAUAACGAAGUUGCCAAAGUUGCUUUUGAUGAGAGUACCGAAGGAUUUGCUUAGAGAUUUGGCUGCGCAAAAAAUAGCCGGGAGAAGCAUGAAGAACAAGUUCAAAGAUGCUUUAGCUGCAGCUGAACAGAACAAUUCUAAUGCCUCGAGUCCUGACUCCUUACGCCAUCAUCUCCCAGGAGGUUGCAAUGGACUACAUACAACAACCGCUACUAAUAGAUUUAGUGGUCUUGUUGGCGCGCUCGGUAACCUUGGAGCAGGGUACAAUGGCUUGCCGUCUGUUAUGUCCGGACUUGACGACUCACUGAGCGAUGUGACCCCAAAAAAGAAGUACCCUUUCGAAUUGGAGAAAGCCAUCCACAACGUUAUGUUUAUUCAACAUCACAUGCAACGCCAGGACGAAUUCAAUGCGGAAGAUCAAGACUGGGGUUUUGUUGCUAUGGUACUUGAUAGAUUGUUCCUCUGGAUUUUUACCAUUGCUUCCAUAGUUGGUACAUUUGCUAUUUUAUGUGAAGCACCUUCCUUGUACGAUGAUACAAAGCCCAUAGAUAUGGUGCUGUCAUCUGUGGCGCAGCAACAAUUUUUGCCUGUGGACAGCGGGGAUUCCUAAACAGAUAUCUUCCAUGGAAUAUUUAUUCAACUAUACAACGUAUUCACUAACCAUUCUACUUUAUAGGUUAAGCGUGCUACUUAUACUGUUUACAAUUCAAGCAGUAAAAGUCGCUCUAACUCGUUAUUUCAGUUAUCUACCCGUGCUACAAGGUGACUAAACACUGAACACAUAAUCAAAUUUCAAACAUAUUGAUGUUAAGCCAAAACAGUCUGUGAUUUAAAUAUUUUAAAGUUAUUAAAAAUCGUAGUUCUGGUAGGUCUUUACCGAAUUCUCGGUCGCUAUAUCUUAAUUAAAGUGUUUUUAAUUGUAAUACACAUACAUUAAUAUAUGUUUAUAAGAAUUCUAUGAUAUUAUAAUACUUUUUUUUUAAACAAAUAUUAAUUAACGAAACGAUAAUGUUGUCUACACAAUCUUGCGCACGUUGUAGUUAGCACGUUCAAUAAGUAAGUCUUUAAACAUAAGCGGGUUUUAUGAAAAUUUUUGGCUGUGCCGUAGUGUAAAUGCAUGAUUAUUAAGGGUUAUUUAUAAAUUAUAUAUUUAAUACUAUUAGUAUCCAGUAAUAUUGUAAUCCUAAAAUUUAUUUGUAAUAAUAAUUGGAAACAAAGUUUUUAUCUUGUAAUAACGGAACAAAUACAAUAGAGAAUCAAUAAUUAAUCUUUGCAUUAAAAAGGUAUCGAAAAUGUUUAUCUUAUAUACUUUACCUCCAAAAAAAAUUUGUUCAGGAUUGAAAUUACAUGAAAAAGGUUGAAGAAAAUGAAUAUUUAAUGAUAGUUUAAGGAGUAACCACAUAAAUUUAUUUAUACUUGUGAUCGUUUAUAUUGUUAUUAAGGUAUAUAUAAUAAAAAUACCUUUAAAUCGGACAUAACAAUGAAUUGUAUAUAAUAUAAUUGCUUUCGCCUAACUCUUAAAUUAGACGCAAUAAUAUCAGUGUUAUUUUACAUAGGAAUAACUAAAGAAUUUUCGUUACAUAGAGAUCUAUUUAAAUAUUAAAAACUGAAGAUAACAAGCGCAUGAUAUGACUAGAUUUUUUUUUUGUUAUAUAUAAAAUUAUUACUAAAAC